GGAGCCCCCCAGCCCCCUCUCGUCGGCCAUGGCCGCCGCCGCCGCCCGCCGCGGCCUGGCCGCCCUGGUGCUGGGCCGCUGCCCGCCGCUGCUGCCCUGCCUGCUCUCGUCGCCCCCCCGCAGACUCCCCAGCGGCGCUACCGCUCUUGCCCUGGGACUGGGCGCGCCGCGGGCUCCCGCUGCGCUCCGUGCUGCCGUCCGCACUUGCAGUCAGGUUACAGAUGCACCGUCCCACCAAGGUCACCUUUCAGAGGAAGAACAAGAGUCACCCAAGGCAGAAAACGACAAUGUCUUUCUCAUCAGGGCACAAGGAUUCCCGUUCUCUUGCACCGAGGAAGACGUGCUCACCUUUUUUGAUAGCUGUAGAAUUCGAAAUGGUGAGAACGGCAUACACUUCCUCUUAAACAGGGAUGGGAGACGCAGAGGGGAUGCCUUGAUCGAGCUGGAGUCAAAAGCAGAUGUCCAGAGAGCCUUGCAAAAGCACCUGAGGUACAUGGGCCCCCGCUAUGUGAAAGUUUUUGAAGUACACGAUAGUGAUGUAGAGAGCUUACUACAGAAUCUGCGGGAUGAGUCACAAGCCAUUAAUGAUGGAGUUGUACUACUCAGAGGCCUUCCCUUCAACUCCACUGAGGAUGAUAUCGUGUAUUUUUUCUCAGGUUUGAAAAUAACUGACAUAGUUUUCGUUUACCGGGGAGAAAGAAGAACAGGAGAAGCUUUUGUGCAGUUUGCAGCUCCUGAUAUGGCAGCUAAAGCCCUGCUACGACACAGGGAAUAUAUGGGAAAUAGAUACAUAGAAGUGUAUGUGAGUAGGAAGCAUCAAAUGCAAAAGCAUUUGCCUUAUGACAGGCAGCCAGUGACCUACCACAGAGUGAAAAGAGAACAUGAAUACAUUUCUGAAGAAAGGGAAUCGAGUGACAUGGGCGGCUCCGAUGCUGAAAGAGGAAAUAAAUUGUGCAGGGAAGGAAUGGAAAGCUCUAGGCACGUUGUACAAUCUGGGAGUGUCUCAUCACCACUGCACUUUGUUCAUAUGAAGGGUUUCCCUAACCAAGCUAGUGCCCAAGACAUUAUAAGUUUUUUUGCUCCUCUGAAGCCCACAAGGAUCCUGAUAGAAUACAACUCCCAUGGAGAUGCCACAGGAGAAGUGGACGUGCAUUUUGAGAGCCAUGAGGACGCAGUGGCUGCAAUGGCCAAGGAGGGGUCCCAGCUGCAGUGCAGUGCCAUUGAAUUGUUCCUGAAUAAACAUCCGACGGCAAAAGAAAACUGCUAGUGACAGUGGCACAGUCUGAGAUUAGCCAAGUGAACAUUCCGGAGAUACAAGCAUAAAGAUGGAGGACAAGUGUCACUGCACACUAACUACGAUAAACUGUAUAAAAUCUAGGUUAGCGUGGUGUAAAAGCAUGUAAUAAAUUGUAUUGCCAUACUGUGGACAGAUUGUGUGCUGAAAAGCAGAAGCAGCUGCACUGGAGGGAUGGCAGGUGCUGCAGGAUGGAGCCCUUCUAGUCUCCAGCUGCAUUAUGGAGUACAAAGGUUAAUAAACCACCAGUAUCCACAGUUAACAAA